AUGGGAGCGUUUUGCAACGAAGACAUUGCAUUCUCGUCGAAUUUUAAUUUUGGCUCAUUUCAAGAUUUGAGGUCCUCCAAGCAUGUCCAUGACAAUGUCCAUGGCAACAUUUACCUCGGCCCGCUCUUUUUGAAGUUUAUCGACACUGAGCAAUUUCAAAGGCUGCGAGAUCUUAAGCAACUUGGUAUAGCGCACAUGGUUUAUCCUGGAGCUGUGCACUCCAGAUUUGAACAUUCUCUUGGAGUGUAUUGGCUUGCAGGUGCAGCUGUUCAUAAACUUAAGAACAACCAAGGCUUAGAGCAUGGUAUCGAUCACUUUGAUGUACAAACAGUGAAACUUGCUGGGCUUUUGCAUGAUGUAGGCCAUGGGCCUUUUAGCCACUUGUUUGAACGCGAGUUUCUUCCUAUGGUUCAUAAGGGAUCAGAAUGGUCUCAUGAGCAAAUGUCUGUAGACAUGGUGGAUCAUAUUGUUGAUGGGCAUCAUAUUGAAAUAGAUUCUGAGGCUAUAAAAAGAGUAAAGGAGAUGAUACUUGCUAGUUCAAAAUAUGGUACGACCAAAAGAACAAGGGAAAAGCAUUUUCUGUAUGAUAUUGUUGCAAAUGGUCGAAAUGGUAUUGACGUUGACAAGUUUGAUUACAUUGAGCGUGAUAGCCGAGCAUGUGGCCUAGGAUGCAACUUUCAGUUUCAAAGGUUGAUGGAAACAAUGAGAGUUAUGGGGGAUGAGAUAUGCUAUCGGGCCAAAGAUUAUCUUACAAUCCACAAGUUAUUUGCCACUCGAGCUGAUCUAUACAGGACAGUCUAUACUCAUGCAAAAGUAAAGGCAAUCGAGUUAAUGGUUGUAGAUGCUUUACUGAAAGCAAAUAAUUAUCUAGAGAUAGCAUCUCAUAUACAUGAUCCUUCACAAUAUUGGAAGUUAGAUGACACAAUAAUCAAAACUAUUGAGACAGCUCCAGAUCAAGAACUAAAGGAAUCUAGGGACUUGAUCCUUCGCAUUCGGCGAAGAGAUUUAUAUCAGUUUUGUAAUGAGUAUGCUGUUCCCAAGGACCAGCUAGACAAUUUUAAGGAUGUAACUGCCCAAGAUAUUGUUUGUUCACAGAAAAGUGGUGGAGUGGCACUUAAAGAAGAGGAUGUUGCAGUCAGCAAUGUCCGGAUAGAUUUGACUCGUGGGAAGCAUAAUCCUCUUGAAAGCAUCAAUUUUUUCAAGGAUUACGCGAGUGAGGAGAAAUUCUCUAUACCCGAUGAUCGCGUUAGCCAUUUGCUUCCAGCAUCUUACCAAGACAUGAUCGUGCGAGUUUACUCCAAAAAGCCUGAACUGGUUGGAGCAAUUUCUGAGGCUUUUGAGAAUUUUCAGUUGAAGACUUAUGGGAUCAAAGCACAAGUACACGCCACACCAGAUAAGAAAAAACGCCGGAUUUGUUAG